GAAGCGAACCAGACAGCUGAUGACGUUCUGGUUGAAUCCCUCGAACCGGACUUCGGAGAUAUCUUGUUCCGCGGUGGGUUCAAGUACAGCAGCACAGACAUGAAAAUCGGUGUCGACGUGGACGCCCUGGUAACCUUCUCUGGGACGCUGAAACGCUUGAUGCAGGUAGACCCGAGAGGCGGGUACUUCCUUCAGUCCGACGUGGAGCUCGCCAUCAAGAGGUGCGCCAUUAAGGAGGCCCACUCCACGAUGUGGGAUGGGUGGUGCAAGCUCAACGAGUACACCCAUGAGGAGGGGUACAAGAACAGCGCAUACGUGGUCAGGGUCAUGCUGUCCCACGUUCGCAACAAGGCCGACGACUUCAACAAGCUGGGGGCGAGCGGGCAGGCGAAGGCUCGCGAGUCGUCUCACCCACAGGAGCUGCGUGACAUUUACAACGUCAUCGACGUUGACAAGGGGGCGGCUUCAGUGAGAAAGACUCGCCCGCACCCGCUGCCAGCUUUCAGGGCAGCGCAGGACGCCUCGAGCGAGGAGGAAGUCGUCCCUGUUUUGAAACGGUUCGACGUCAGCACUGGGGAGUCCUACUUGGUAAUGUCAGACGGGUCCCGCGAGAUGGCCAAGUUCAAGUGCGGAGAGCAGGGGCGACUGGUCGCCACGUGGCCUGAGUACAACAUGGAGUUGCAACUUGAACUACCAAAUUCUGCUCUGAAAGAUGAUGGGGCGAUCGACUACACGCCAGCAGACCCGCGCAAGCCGCCCAAGGCCGGCCACAAGACCAAAAAAGGAAAGCCCGCGAGUGCUCGGAAGAGGCCAGCUGGCGCAGUGGAAAACAGAGAACCGCCCACCGCUCCAAAGGCGAAGGCAAAGACAACUCCAAAGGCGAAGGCAAAGACAACUCCAACGCCGACGGCAGCUGCGACACCAUCACGCAUUCAAGAGAAGAUCAGGCAGAACAUCGACCGCAUCUCCGAGGAGGCCAGGAGUGGAUUGCAAGGGUUCGCUGGCAGAGACAGCAACGAACUUGCGACGUGCUACGCUGUCGCGGUUGAUGGCGGCACCAUCUCUCUUCGUGAUCUCCACCGCUCUCCUUGCUUCUACGUGGACCGCGUGACCGAGAUCCCCGAGAAUUUCCCUGGGCUCGGUGACGACGCCGUCGUCGCCAUGUUCGAAGGCAAGAAGUUGAACAAGAAAGGCGGGGUGCAGUUUGGUUUCGGCGACGACGCGGACUUGGCCUUCAAGGCAGCGAAACUUCUGAGGCCAGCGAUCGACAACGCGGCCACAGACAUCAUGAACUACAUGCCGCCCGUGCCAGCUCACGUCGUGAUGCUGCAUUGCCCGCGCGUCAUCAUGGCCAACGGUGAGUUCAGGAACACGUCAGACAGGAGGAUGGAGUGGAGUCCUGUUCGGGUUCGCGGCUCCGAGUUUCAAGGGCAGUGGUUGUGCCUGCAGUGCGGCUUCACCGUUACCGACACGGACGUCAACAACAUUGCAGUUGAGCGCUUGCCCAUCUGCCCCAUGCAUGGCCAUCGAGUAUACGUGCUCGACCACUUGGAGAACACGUCCUUCUACAGCUGCGCUUCACGCGCCCACGACGACCAAGCCGACCCUGCCGCGUUCGAGUGCCCAUUCGACUAUGCCACUCAGCACCCGUUCGUCUUGCAGCCAGCCCCCGCGCCGAUAGAGGUGAUACAGCCAGACCCCGAGCCGAUAGAGGUGACCGAUGAGGAAGAAGAUGCCAUGUCGCAGGACAGCCUCAUUACGGUGCCAGACCCUGGAGAAGAAGAUGAAGAUGUCGCUCGGCUUCGUAGUAUCAUGGAAGGCUCCUGGGAGCCCGACAGCCCAGCCUCGAGCAUUUUCGAGGAUAGCGUAGCACGGCUAGUCGAGAUAUUUAGCAGCUCUUGA